AAUUCGAUAUCAGAAGCAACUCAGUAUUACACUAGAUCUCGGCUCAUUUAGCGACCAUGCAGAGUAGUGGUGAUAAAAAUGAUCACGGUGGAUUAUUCAGCGGGACAUUGACUCAACUACUUGCUGCAGUAUCAGGAACCUUAUUCGCCAUAUCCGAUGGCAUGAGCUAUGGCUGGACGGCACCCAUUAUUCCUUACUUCAUCAGCGAGAACAGCCACAUCCAGACUACCAAACAAGAAGCAGAAUGGCUGGAAACGAUUCUCAUGGCUGGAUCGUUCUUCUCGCUGCCUCUCACCAUCUACUUAGUGGACAGGAUAGGAAGAAGAAAGUCUAUGCUAUGUGCAGCUAUGAUGUCAUUGCUGUGUUGGGUCGUCAUUGCUGUAGCUAAUCGGAUGCUGUAUAUUUUCAUCGCUAGAUUUCUUUUUGGCACUGCCAGCAACAUGGCUCUUGUCGCUGCUCCAAUGUACGUAGCCGAGAUCGCCGACCACAAAAUCAGGGGAUUCUUGAGCAGUAUCAUCUACCUCAUGAUGCUUGUCGGCUUCGUCAUAGUCUACAGCGUUGCUCCUUUUAGCCCUUUUUACACUGUACCAGUCAUUGGAGUUGUCAUUUUACUCACAGACUUUUGUACUUUUUACUUCAUGCCUGAGACACCUUACUACUUAGUUUAUAAAGAACAAAUCAAUGAAGCAAGACAGUCACUACAGUUCCUCAGACCUGGUAGAUAUAUAGAAGAUGAACUAAACGAUAUCAUCCAAGCAAUAGCAAGACAAAAGGGAGAGCAAGGCAGGUUAUCGGAUCUGCUGACAGUUAAAAGUAACAGAAAGGCUACCAUAAUCAUGUUUGUUUUGAACGGAGGUCAGCACAUGUGUGCCAUAAGUGUCAUUCUCAUGAACCUUCAUCUCAUCUUAGAGGCCGGUGACUCAAUCUAUAUGUCAUCCGAGUAUGUAGGUAUAGUUUUUGCAGUAGUAAUGCUGGUAGCUAGUCAAAUAGCCUCAUUCCAGGUAGACAUAUUUGGUAGGAAACUGCUUCUUGUCGUGUCCACGCUUGUGUCAGGUUUCUGCCUAAUGGCUUUAGCUAUCUACUUUCAUCUCAAAGACGCAGGAUAUGACGUCAAGUCCGCUAGUUGGAUUCCCAUCGCCUCUGUGAUGGUAUACGCAGCUGGGUUUAAAAUAGGCCUGGGGAUCGUACCUAUCGUGAUUACUGCCGAAAUAUUUUCAGCUAAAUUGAAAGCUGUUGGCAUGACCAUCGCAGAUGGAUGGUACGUUUUAGGUUCUAUAAUCAGCCUUCAGAUCUAUAAGUGGUUGUCCAAUGCUUAUGGACUAGAAACGCCGUUCUACUUGUUUGCUGUAUGUAGCUUUUUAAUUACUUUGUUCACGAUCUUUUAUAUACCUGAGACUAAAGGCAAGACCUUAGAGGAGAUUCAAAUGAUCCUAAAGGGGGAGAAUGAUUUUGAAGAUAGAAAGAACAGGCAGAAAUAUAGCACGUUUGUGAACGAGGUUAGUUGUUAGACACAAAAAAAAACGAAUCUCCCUAUCUGUUGUUAAAAGUUGAUCUGUCCAAGAAUCUUUAUUCAGUUGUCGUUAGGAAUCGUAUAUGAGUUCUCCAGUGAGAGAAGAAAAAAUAUUUUCAAAGUAAAAAUAAAUUGUUUGGCAUGUCAACGUAUCUACGAGUAGUAUUCAAUUUAUUUUGCUGGCGUUUCUUAUCUCUCAUAGAUACCAUAGAAUGUGUUUCCUAAAUAUGGGGCAAACACUUAUUUCAAGUAAAAGUAUUUUUUUUUAAACAAACACCAACAGCAAUUAAUCAGACAAAAUGACAAAAAUUUGGCAGCAUAGUAAUAUCGCUAUAUCCAACAUUAUUUCACACCUACGAGUAGUAUUCAAUUUAUUUUGCUGGCGUUUCUUAUCUCUCAUAGAUACCAUAGAAUGUGUUUCCAAAAUAUGGUGCAAAUGCUUCUUUCAAGUAAAAGUAUUUUUUUUAAACAAACACUAACAGCAUAUAAUCAGACAAAAAUUUGGCAGCAUAAUAAUAUCGCUAUAUCCAACAUUAUUUCACACAUUGCAUAAAAAUGGAUCAAAAGUAAUUAUACUUCGAAUUCAGGUCUUUUAUUUGAGCAAAUAUAAUGUUUUCUGAUCUCCGCAAAGUAAACCAUAUUUUUUAGAAAGGUCUUGGUUCAAUACUGCUACUGGUAUAAACCCUGACGCCUGGUGAAAUCAUUCAGAAAUGUAUAUCCGUGGGAUUUUCAAGUCGCUCGUACGAAUCUGAUAUACAAAUUACUAUAUUUUCAGUAUAUCGGUAUCUGUAACUAGUGUCUUUACAGUAGUGAAACUAGAUUGUUUUUCACAAAUAAGCCCAUUGUGUCGAAGACACACAAGAAUGCAUUUUUUCUAGCAACAUGGUGUCAACGUCAGUCCGUUCCUGAUGCUUUUUUGAAUAUCGUCAUAAGACAAGGGGUCACCCAUUGAAUGUUUCUCCCAUGUUUUUGUAUGCUAUUUGUUCAUAUCACUUAACUUCAUGUGUCUUCCCAAUAAAGGAAAUACGUUUUGAUUGACCAAACCGACUGCACGUCCAGGAACCCUAAAACCUUACCGUAUACCACCAGCAUUGUUCACAGGUCAAUGGCCUUACCGACUGAUCAAAUUCGUUUAUCUCUAUAUCUCUACGCAUAUGAAUAUUUGAGCUCUCCUUCUGAUGAUAAGACUGCUGUACAAUUUUACUUGCAUAGCCAAUUAAAACGAAUCUUUUAACAAUCGUAAUUAUUUAUUUACAAAUAUAAAACAUACAUACUUUGCUCUUAUAAAUAUACAUGUAUAUAGUUUGAUAAAAAUGCAAUAUCUUCAUUGACCGAGUGAUAAGCGAACAGCGAAACUUGUCGAUUGGUAGUCCAGUCAAUUUGGCAACUUAUACAUAUAAGACAUUAUUACUAAACGGCAAAUCAAACACCGAACUCAUCCAAAGUAGAAGAUUCUUACUGCUUCAAAAGAUUUGUUCGGUAUACAUAGGUAAUAUUGCACUGGAAAUAAAAAAUGUUUGUCCUUUCAUCAACCUUAUCCUGAAAACAUUGUUGACGAAACGCUAGUUUCGAUAAUGUCUUUUUACUACAUUUACCAGCCUCUCAAAUACGUCCAGAUCACUCUCCUCUGUGAUGAUAAUUAAAGUGUAGAGAUAUAGUGCUUAUGUCUAUUUAUUGUAGUAAUUUUUAAUUCUGUGCAUAUAAUAAUUUAAUAAAUAUAAGUUUUUAUCUAUAAUGCGUAACUCAUUGGAUACUACCGGGAAUUUCAGGAUAGUUGUGUAUCAAUAUCAUUAUUCAAGUUAUACGAGUGAAACAAUUCAGUUACAUAAACAUAUAUACAUAAUUUAUCACUAGUUACAUAAAAGCAUGUUGAAUUCAAUAUUCAAAGCCUGGAGAGUUCCCGGAAAUAAGCAAUUCCCCAAUGUUAUUUCAUCUAUACAACGUUUGAAAUGGAUUUUCAACAGUAACACGUAACUUCUAAACUUAUGCACAAUAGUAUCAGUGAGUUAAUUUCGAAUACCCCACAGUCUCUGUACGAAUAACAAGUAAAGCAUCGGUCAUUUUUUAAUUUGAAAAUACAGAUAAUCUUGAAGCAAACAUUGAUAGCACUACGUGGCACAUUUCCUGUACCCGAAAAACUACGGUUCUCUCUUAGUAACAGUAUGUGGAUGUCUUUGCUUCUAUCACAUCUUGCUUUCGAGGUAUAUACUGGUACUCUUCUAAUCCAUGUCUAUGUCAGACAAGGGAUAAAAAUGACAAGGGAUUUAUGUAUUGAAAUAUGUUUUUCUAAAAAUAAGUGGCAUAAAGCUCAAAGAAGAAAUGGUCCAUAAUUUUUAUCGGUCCACAAAUAGCCGUAUCAAUGAAAAACCAAAUUUUCGAUCAAAAACGAAAUGACAAAGAACUAUGAGCGUGAAAAUCGCUAGUUAAAAAAUCUGUGCUAACCGCCUCUUUAGUUACACACAGAGCUGAAAACGCAGAACUCUCGGUGAAAGAUAUGUUGAAUGCGCCAUUUUUUUCUUUAAAUCUUUGAACUGUGAUGGAUGAGCAGGAGAGCGAUUUUACCAUCGUGUAAAACUGCUUGAAGAAUGGUUUGAAGGUAGUUGGGAUGCAGCUCCGUCAGGAGAUCACUGGUGGUGUUUAUAAACCGAGGCUAGACACCCAACAUAAAAGAAAAGUUUCAAUAUAUUCCUUUUUAAUAUACAAUAUAUACCAGAUGUUUACAUUUCAAACUGUAUUGAUGAUAGGUUCGGUUAUCUGUACGAGAUUAAUUUAAUAAAGAGAUGUA